CACAGCCAUAUUCGACAAUGAAUGCAAUAUUGACAAAUGGUUUUAAUGUCAGUACAGCAUUUUAGACGGCAAAAAUCAUCAAUUCUCAUUAGCAACCCUUAGCCGAACAUGGGUAUUAACCUAAGUCAAAGCAAGCAAACAGGCUUCAUUGACGAGAGUGGAGAAUACAACCAGGAGUGUUGGCAUGAGUGGGUGCUGUAUCACAAAUCCAAGUCACUACCUGCCUCGUUGGAUCGUGGGUCAAGUACUCUCAAUGAAUUUGAAAGGCUAUCUAGCAAAUCUGAGCCGCCUACAAUAAAACGUAAGAAAGCUCCAACUUUUACAAUUGGUCCUGCUACCAACAACUCGCCAGAAAGUGACUCCGACAAAGAGUUAGAACCACACAUUCUUAAUGGCGUAUACUGCAUACAGAAACCAGAUGUGAUUGAUAUUACAUCAGCAGGGGCAAUGUAUCCAACAGUUAAAGAUCAAAAAACAGCCUUUGGUGUCAAUUUUGAGGUUCCCAAAGGAGCUGUUCCGACCGAUGCUGCUACAUCGUUAGAAGUGGCUGUUUGUCUCAGUAUCGGUUCGAGCCAAUACCCAGAGGACACCACUCCCAUCUCCCCCAUCCUCCAGCUACAUCCCAAAGAAAACUUCAAGCUCCUGCAGCCGAUCACUGUCACCAUGCCACACAUACUCUCUGAGCCCUCUGAUAUAGGAGUCAUGAAAGCUGUGACCACGGAGGACCGGUUUGAGAAAAUCGAUACAGAAAUUACUCUUGGGAAUAAAGAUGGACAUGGAACAGCUACUUUCCGUUUGGAGCACUUCUGCUACAUACAGCUGUACACUAAACUAACACCCGAUACAACAAAAACAAUUCGCUAUUGUAUUUUUCCAGUUCUACCCAGGAAGGUUCCCUUUGAUGGGUCGUUUAUGCUGUACUUCUGCAUAAGUUAUCAUAUGAAAGAAUGUCGUGAGGCAAUUGAAGAUCAGUGUAAGAAUAUAGCAAAGCUCAAGGAGCAUGGCCAUGAACUUGUAGAGGACAAGCUUCAACCGUUUUUGUUCAAGCCUGAAGCCAAUAGCAUCAGUGCUACCUGUACUAGACCCAAACAGAAAUCAGGUUGGGAGUGGAGAAAUCUCAACGGAGAAAGAGGAAUUGUAACAGAAUCAGUCAAACCAUGGAGCAUGGACCCUGCUAAUCUGAAGGAUGAAGCUAACAGAUUUCUCUAUCCCCCCAGCUUUAAGGUAGAGGUACGGGGCUCCGGAAACAGAACAAGUCAAGAUGAAAUCGUUAUGAAUUUCUCUGGAAAUACCGAGACACCUCUUCCAGAUAUUGGUUUUUACCUACCAGGGAAUAAUGCUGCCUUGAAUCUAGGAGACCAUGACAAAUCGCAUCUGUCGUUAGGUUCAACUGUAUACGACUCAGCUACGUGUACCACACAAGAAUCAGUUCUUAGGACUAAUUAUGAGGACAUCAUCUCAAUGGUUUCACAAGAUACGCAGGGUGUUGCUGACAGCCUGUUCUCCAAAAGGCUUAUCGAAACACCAAUCCGAGAUGACGUGAGGGAUGAUCGCAGAGGUUCCAACAGAGACAGGGCAAGAAAAAUUGUGGACAACAUAUUUGAUAGGAUUAAAGGAAAACAUAUCAAUUACGAGCAAUUUCGUACCUUUUUGGACAUUCUUGCUUCUCAAAGUCAAGAAAACAGCCAGAAAAUAAAAGAAAUACUUGAUUCGGAUAGAGAGAAUUUGAGUCCCACGAUUGAAACCGACGAUCUAGCCAGCUCUUUAGAUUCAGUGUUUGAAUUUGAGGCCCCUCCUUCUACAUCUGACAUUCCCGGGUCCAGUGGUAGCAGUGACAGUGAAGAAACUCAUCGUCGUAUCACUCAAGGACAAUAAUUCAUAAUUAUCGUACAUGCAUGCAUAACUUAGCUGUGGAAAAGAUAAGGUGUAAUUGUAAUUCAUUGCCUUUAAAUUUAAAAGAAUGUGCUGACAAUAUCUCACAGCUAGAUCUAGUUCAAUGAUUUGUCUGCACUCGUACUCUUCAAUGCAUCCAAUAAUUAUAAUGUGUUAUAUUCAAA